AUGGAUACCCCAUAAGAAUUGUAAUUGUUCAAGAGUAAACAAAAAAUCUAAAUUUAUUAGUUAUUUUGGUUGGUGAUUCAAAGGUUGGAAAAACUGACAUACUUAAUAGGUGAACAGUCAUAUUAUAAAAAGAUUUGUGAGAGGAUGUUUAGCUAAACAAUCACAUCCAACCAUAGGCGUUGAGUUCGCCACAAAAAUACUUACCUUAUCAGAAAAUGAGUAAAUAAAACUAUAGAUUUGGGAUACAGCAGGUUAGGAACGUUAUAGAUCAAUAACUAGUUGGUAUUAAAUAAUAGUUAUAAGAGUCAUUUUCGAAAAUCAUUAGGAGCAAUUUUAGUUUAUGAUAUUACUAAUGAGUAAACAUUUGAAAGCUUAGGUAAAUGGAUAGCAGAUAUCAAAUCUUAAACUGAAGAAAAUCUAGUUAUUAUGAUUAUUGGAAAUAAAAAAGAAUUAGUUGAUAAGAACGAAGAUAUAAGGUUGAUAAAUAUUAUAAUAAAUCAUUGUAGAAAAGUAUCUUCAGGUUAUGCUUCAGACUUUGCUUAAUAGAACAAUUUAUUGUAUGAAGAAGUAAGUGCUUAUUCGGGCGAGAAUAUUGAAAAUAGUUUUAUACGAUUAGCAUAAGGUAUAUUAAUACAAAAUUUUUAGAAAUCAUUAAAUAGAAAAGGUAAAAACCAGUAGAGAAACUAGAGAAUGCUAAGGAUUUGAAGCAGAUGUAAUGA